AUGAGUACCUCGCGCGCUAACCUAAUUCAAUCAGCAGUCAAUUUCCUACGAGACCCCACUGUUCAAAAUGCCCCACUUCAGAAACGAGUCUCUUUCCUAGAGUCUAAAGGUCUCACUUCCGAAGAGAUCGAAGAUGCAUUGAAGCAAGCCAAAGGAGGAGCGACAGCCUCACAGACAGAGGGAAGCCAGGCUGCAGCCGUUACUGCUGCUGCACCUCCUGGCCAACAGGUUGUGCAUGCAGUACCCCCACCAGUUCCGCGAAUGGAUUGGCGAGACUAUUUCAUUGCUGCUGUAAUAAUAGGAGGAGUGGGGUGGGCUGUUAUCGCCAAAUACGUAGCACCACUCCUAGGGACACCAACUGCCACAGAACUCGAGCGUGACAAACGUGCCCUCACAUCCCAAUUUGAUUCUGCUACAGAAACACUUGAUACGGUCAAAUCUGACACCCAGGUUGCACGCAAACACGUCGAAGAACAAUCGGCAGUAAUAAAACAAUCACUCGAGAAUCUCGACGUUCUUCUUAAAGCCGUAAGAGAUAACGAUGAAAAACGAGAAGUUGCGAUUAAAUCUCUCAAGGAAGAAAUCGAUGCCAUAAAAGAUUUACUCCCAAAACUGCUCGAAAAGUCAAAGGAGUCACAAGCUCAGCAAAUGAAUGAUCUCCAGCAAGAGUUAAAGAGUCUAAAGUCAUUGUUAUUAAAUCGGGGGAGCGUAGUGGGGCAGCCGCCUAGUUCGGCAGCAACGGGAACGCCCAAUAUUACUGCACUUCCACAAAAAGGGGGCAAUGUAUCAAUCCCAUCGUGGCAGAUGACAGAGAACAACGGUAUAAGCGGAAGUAGCAACUCUACAGAGCAAGAAGAUGAAACGAAUAACGUAGCUGCUGGGACAAACGGGACGUUCCCUGAUAAUACGUCAGAAUGA